ACCUUCCUCUAAAAGCGCAUUUUCCCACCUUCCAUCAUUGCGUGCUCCAGCGCUUUCUCUCUCUCACACACACUCACACUCACACUCACACACGGCACGGAACGGAAUAAACCUUUCUCUCUCCUCACCAGAGAUUGUUCAACAACAAACGCGCAAAGGCCUCCUUACAGAACUCCCCAGAACUCAUCAAAACUUAAAGGCGUUGCUUGCACGAUCUCUCUCUCGACCAACAACAACAACAAACAUAUAUUAAAUAUUAAUACUUAAGAAUGGAAGAUUAAAAUUAUGUGAAGACUUUGAUUGUAUAUGGAAAAGUGACGAAGGAAAGAAGGGGGCUUCAGCAGGGAAGGGGGAUAGGAUUUUGGGUUUUCCAGAACUGUCCAUUUCAUGGCUGAAGGAAGUAUUGAUUCAUUGGUAACCCCUGAAAAACGUGAAUUGGAUGGCAGGAUCAUAAGCAGAAAUUCUGCUGGGAGUUCGGGGUCUCUGAAUGAUGUACACAGCACUCAUGCCCGUUGUAGCAGAGCAUUCUCUGGUUCAUACCAUGCUGGGGAUGGUUUAACUAGACAUUCAACCGUGAAAUCAGAUUCCGCGAGUGGUAGUCAAAAUGUGGUUCCUCAUUAUCUUAGAGCUUCCACUGGUUCUUGCCAUGAUUUCUGUAAAUAUGGAAGAAAACAUUCGUUUGAAAAUGAGGCAAGGAAGCCUCUACGAAAGAGAAUUACAAAAUGUUUUACUUAUGAGCUGAAUCCUGUGCGGAUGAUAGUUUCUGAUGAGCGGAAGAAGGAAAAGGUUGUUAACUAUAAGCCUCCAGCAGAUGGCCAGAACCUUCCACCUGACCUGAAGCCGUCUCCUAGUACCAAAUCCUGUUCCCCAGAUCCCAAGACAUCCUCGGACAAGGGAAAGGUUGUCAAGCAGAAGUCUUUGACAAGUACCAAGAACCAUUCACCUAACCUGAAGCCUUCUCCUGAUAUCAAAUCCUUUUCACAGAAACCCAAAACGUCCUCGGAUGUUAAAACUUAUUCGGCGGGAGAAAAUGCUUCACCUGUUAGAAGGACCCUUUUGCCAAAAAACAAGCCUUCAUCUUCUAAGAAAUUCCCUUCACCUGAUCCCCCUGAAAUCAUUAAGAGUGUAGUCUUUCCAUCUAAAAGAGUUGAAGUUCCUGCAGAAUCAGCUUCCCCGACAGAUAAUAAAAUGUCAAGACCUGAGAAAAAGACAACUUAUCCGUCCAAGCAGCAUAUGGCUCCCGUAAAGUCAAAAGCGGUUAUGGUCGAAUCACCUUCUUCUUCUGACAAUUCAGAUGGUAUACGUGGAAAAGGGAGAAGAAACAGUGAUGCCAAAACAGUCCGAGAUAUAACAGCGUACAAAGCAUCUGCAAAGAAAAUAUUGGCACCUCGUGCUGUUACCCAGCCCCCUAAAAGUUCCCCCAUUAAGACAGCAUCCGCUAGAUCAAGAAAAGCUGGAAACUUGAAGUUGAUUACUCCUGUGGAGGAUUGGAAUCGGAUACGCAAGGUCAAGACUAAGUCAUCCGACAAUGAGAAAAUUUCCGAGAAAACCUUGCAUGCCAUCGAGAAGUUUCCUGUGAAAGAUCAGAUACGCAAGGUUAAGACUAAGCCAUUCGACAAUGAGAAAGCUUCCGGGAAAACCUUGCUUGCCAUCGAGAAGGAAAUUCAAAACAGUGUCUCUCAAUCCAUUCCCCAUGAUCAUUCUGAUUCAUCACUUCCAUCUACAUCCUCAGCUGAUUCACUGUGUCAUGCAAAAUCUUCCUCUUUGCCAGGCCACGAACAACAUAACGAAGGGACAGAGAAUAGUGUUGGUGAAGCGGACAAGUUGAUCUCUGACAGCAAUGAGUCACUGGUGAAGCAGACAAGUGUUGGUGAAGCAGACCAGUUAAUCUCUGACAGCGAUGAGUCUCUGGAGACUGGCAAUCCUGUGAAAGAGCAUCACACCAAGACUCUAAGAAAGGCUAGGGUGGUUGUUUCUGAAAACAAAUAUUCAUCUCCUGUGAAGUUAAAGUUCAGGAGUGGGAAGUUACUCAAUAAUGUAAUCGAAGAAACAGCAAGUAAACUUGUUGAAAGCAGGAAAAGUAAGGUUAAAGCCCUGGUUGGAGCUUUUGAAACAGUGAUCUCCCUCCAGGAGAGUAAACCUUCUUCACAGACCGUCACUUGUACUCAAUAACAUAUCAUCAUGUUUCUGACAGUUUGAAGCAAUUUAAAGAGAACAAUACAAGGGUGUGAAUAGUGGAGUGGCAUUUCGCGAGUUUCUGGUACUGCCAAUAUAGGUUAUAAUUAGAAAGCCUCGGAGGCCUCGUUGCAAUGUGUGGUCGUGCCUGGUGGUUUUGAUGUGGCUUCGAAACCUUUCCGUAGGGUAAGCUUGUUCUUUCUUCUUUCUUCUCAGAUUUUAGACUGAAGGGAAGAGGAAGAAGGAGAACUUCAAGGUCUGGACAAGAGUGGAGUUAUUUUCCUUGAGUUUGCGACAGUUGACUUUGAAGAUCUGAAUGCUUGGUUUUGUAUUGACAGAUUUACAGAUUUUGUGUUGGUUUUCUUGACAUUUUGUCUGGUUUCAAAUGUGUUCCAGACAAAUUAUAACUUUGAUGAAUGCUUGUUAUGGGUAUGCUGGAUGUGGGCUUCUUCUUAUGAAUAACAGAGAGCAACUUUUCUUGACCA